CUCGGCAAACCAUUGUUGAUAUUCGCGGGGACGUCACGGGUCGUCAUCACACAUUGCUACUUUAAUUAGCUUUUGCUUUCUCAAGAAGCUACCAAGAAGCUACACCACAUCUGUCGAACUAUCCUUUUUUCAACUCCAAGACAAGAUAGUAUUGGCAAUCAUGGCAAACGACAAGAAGAACCGGGCAUUGGCGAUCGUUGAAGCAGCAGGGGCUGGUGGCUACGCAGUCCCCGCGAUAUGCUGCUACAACCUUGAAGGCAUCAUCGCGUCUGUGCGAGCUGCCGAGGCAAAGCGAUCCCCGGUCAUCGUCCAGCUCUUCCCCUGGGCCAUUGAGUUUGCGGACGGACUUCUCAUCCACGCCGCCAAGGAGGCUGCGGACAAGGCGAACGUGCCCGUAGCCGUGCACAUGGACCAUGCCCAAUCUCCCGAGAUCAUAAAGAGGGCGGCCGACCUUGGCGGGUUCGACGGCAUCAUGGUGGACAUGAGCCACUACGAGAAGGAAGAGAACAUGGCCAAGACCAAGGAACUGGUCGAGUACCUGCACGCAAGGGGCAUCAUUACCGAGGCAGAACCCGGACGGAUCAACGGCGGGGAGGAUGGUGUCGAGGAUACCGGCGACCUCGAGGGUGUUCUCACGACUCCAGAACAGGCCGAGGAGUUCCUUGCGUUGGGGAUCGACUGGCUAGCCCCGGCGUUUGGGAACGUCCAUGGCAAGUACGGACCCAAGGGGCCGAGCCUGGACUAUGAUCGCCUGAGCCGGAUUUACGAGACCACCAAGGGCAGAGUCCACCUCGUUCUCCACGGCGCAAAUGACUUCGACGAGAAGCUUUUCAAGGAGUGCAUCAAGCGCGGCAUGGCAAAAUGCAACAUCAACGACGCGGUAAACGCCAAGUUCACCGAGGUGCAGAGGGAGAAGGCGGGCCGGAUACCCCUGACGGCAGUCAUGGAGCAAGGGACCUUGGCGAUGCAGAAAGCCGUGGAGGAGCAUAUGGACUGGUUGGGAUCUACGGGAAAGGCGUAACAAAUUCUAUAUUGUGUCGAGCUAGUGGAUUCAUUGUGUAGAACGCGCAUAUAUGAGACUUGCAAAAGAUAUCCGUCAAUGAUUGAACUUGGACUGAAGACGUGGGCUGGUUUUAACAAAAGAUUCUGUCUGCUAAUAUGCGUUACUCUGUAAUUAUUUACAAGGCGUCUGAUCAAGAGACCGCAACUGGUCUUGGAUAUUUAAGUAUAGACAUGUAGUUGGUUACAAAUCUAAC